CAGACCCUGGGUAAUGGAGGCUAUUUAGACAGGAGCAGGACUUCUUACAUCGUUUAUCAUAAGAAAAAAAAAAACAAAGAAAAAAAAACAACCCUCUUUUUACCAUCACAAGGAGAGAGACAUUCCCAGCAGAGGGGAGCUCUGCCUACUCCUCCUUCCUGAGGAUUUAUUGAUUAUUGCUUCUUGCAAUUAAGUUGUUCUGAUGAUGCUACCAAGUCCAAUCACUUCCACACCUUUCUCUGUCAAAGACAUUUUAAAGAGGGACCACCAGACUCAGCAGCACAUCUCCCAGCACCAUCAGCCCCAGCAGCAGUUUAGAGGGCACUUGGCUCAAGCCUUGGACCCCCCUGAAUUCUCUCAAUGCAUGCCUUUGGCCAGGGAGAGCUCUGCCUUUGCAGGUGGGGAGGAUAAACUUUCCUAUUUGGAUUCUAUAGGGGUCACUGAGGGCCCUGGGGAUGUUGGAAUCUCCCCUCAAAGGUUUGUCCAAGGAGCCCUCAGAGAUAAUUGCACUGCUAAGGAAAAGGUGGACGAAGAAGGAGGACUACAAACAGACAAUAGUCACAACUCCUGCUUUAUGAAGAAAUCUCCAGAUCAGGAUGACAAACAGGAGGACACAGACAGGCCUAAGCAGAGGAGCCGCAGGAAGCCCAGAGUCCUCUUCUCCCAAGCCCAGGUCUUCGAGUUAGAGAGGAGGUUUAAACAGCAGAGAUAUCUGUCAGCCCCAGAGAGGGAGCACCUGGCAAACAGUCUGAAACUCACCUCGACCCAAGUCAAAAUCUGGUUCCAAAACAGGAGAUACAAGUGUAAAAGGCAGAGGCAGGAUAAAUCCUUGGAAAUGGGGACCCACCACCCACCACCUCCCAGAAGAGUGGCAGUCCCUGUGCUGGUCAGGGAUGGCAAGCCUUGUGUUGGUGGGACUCAGAGUUACAAUGCUGCCUACAAUGUAUCUGCCAGUCCUUAUGGUUAUAACAAUUACCCAGCUUACAGCUACAGCAACAGCCCUUCUUAUAACACCAACUACAGCGGCACUUAUUCAGGACUUCCCUCCAUCCAGCACAACGCAGGAACAAACCCCUUUGUAAACAUGGGCACCUUAAGCCAACAUGGGAACACAUCACAGCACCAGAGCCACCCUGGAGCAUCAAUGCCAGCCUGCCAGGGGACUUUACAGGGGAUUCGGGCCUGGUAGGAGAUAAUGUGGGAUUCACCCAUCAAUACACAGGGAUUCUUGCACUGGGGGGAGAUCUCAGGUCCACUUCCAGGGCAAACUUCUGAAGACUUGUAACUCUCCAGCUGUGAAUUGACUGCAACUACCAUCAUCUUCAGGAAAGCCUGGACUGAGAGUGAUGGGAGCUGAAGUCCAGCAGCUACUUUACUACAGGUUGGGCUUCUAUUUCCAUCUGUCUGGACAGUGUGGACUGUGUACAAACAAUGGAUUCUCUGCUGUGCAGACACUGUGAAUCUAGAUCUGGGAAGAUAAGGAAUGAGACACACUAAGGUAUUACCCACAGUAUACUCUGUGCUAAGUAAACAGCCAACCAAGCAAGGGGAGGCAGCCUCUGUGCACCAAGCAGCAGUGGACUACAACUCCAAUCACGCUCUAGAUUUGCAUGAUGUGAGUGGAAUUCGACAGCUGCUGAGGUGGCAGAUGGAUUCAAUAUACUAGUCAAUGGUAUUUAUAUAGAAAUAUAUAUACAAAGUCUGUAUGCACAUAUAAACCAUUAUUAAUAUACAUUUUAAAUAGGAACUGGGGCAUUUUAUUACACAGACACACAGACAUAUAAUCAGGGUUAUUUACUGAAGGGAGGACACAACCUGGAUUUAAAAUUCAAGGCCAAAAUAGCUCAACCGGAAAAUGUAUCUAAGUUAGGUCUGCGCACAGUUCGGCUGCUUUGGUCUCAAAUUUGAAAUUCACCGAAUAAUCCUACAUUAUAGAUAAUAUUUCCCACCUGCACAAUAUCAAUAGCAUCAGCGUGGUAAUAGCAAAAAAUAAUUACCUAAAGAAAUGUAAAUGUUAAAAACAGAAACUCAAAUGAAAAGCAAAACAAAAGUGUCAAAUACUAACUUUCUUUAAUUGAAACACAACUAAAUCGGAAUAGGUUUAUAUAUAUUAAGCAUUGUCACUAUGUUCCCAGUCGGUGUCACUGUCACACAUUUACUACAAUGGUCCCAUAUGUCCAAUACAUGUAAUAUUCUAUCAUUAACAUACAAUGUAAUAAACUCACUUAUCUAACGUGUUCAUGCCAUAAUCAAUCCUAACCUGAACAUGUAAAGGCAUCGAGGGACAACAUAAACCAUGGAGUUAAACACUGUACCAAUUAUCUUCUCCUCUGUAGCAUGGAAAGUGUUAAUUCCGUCUGAUCAUCAUUUGAUUCUUUAGACAUAUUUCAUAAAUCUGCAGUUCAGUUAAACACUCAAAGGGGACAUUGUGGAAUGCCAAUAUCUGUAAUGGAGGUGGAUAUUUGCAGACAGACACAGGGAGAGGAAUUAUUGCAAGCUUAUAUAUUUCUGUUUGUUUCUGGAGAUAUUUAACCUCAAGUUUGUGUGGAUUUAACCCUUUGAGAACCAAAUAACCUCUCACUCCAGCACUAGAAGAGUUAAGCAUACAUCUAUCAUGAUAGUUUUCAGAUAAAGGGUUAAUAAUUUUGACACCCCCUAAACACCCUGUCAUUGCUACAUUGUAUCACAAUAAAGUGUCUCCCUUACUUGUACCCACAAUAUGUUCACUUCCAGAAUUCCCUGUCCUAGGCUAUCCCUCCUUGGGGCCUUAAUGUACCCUUCCUAAACUAAAACUGUCCCAUCCCUGUACUUACAAAUCAUAGCUCAUUUAUAAGAACAUUUUAAAUGACUUUUUAAUAUAUUUACUCAGCAAUUCCCUAUUUAAGAUUUAGUCUGCCCUCUCAGCAAGGAGUCAGAUGAACAAGAUCUCAUUGUACAAAAAUGUUUUAAUAAA